GUUCAAGAUCAACCACCACAAGAAAACCGCGUAUGUAAUGGCAAAGGAUAUUGAAGAGUACGGACCCCAGCUUAAGUUGAUCCAGAACCGUGCCAUCACUUUCCAUUGUGGGUCACCCCGAAUCUUCUGCGGUACCCUUAUCACCGGAACCGCUCCCAAGAAGGACGAGAAGGAGGAGGAGAACGAGAAAGAGAUCUACGAUCUAUCAGAAAACUACUACAUGUGUCGAGGCCAUGAGGUUGAGUACGAGGGAAAGUGUGGAAACGGCUACAUGUGGGACAUGCCCUGUUGCAGAAACACUGGCAAGUGCGGUGACUACGCGCAACACAAGUGUCAGUCCAGUCACUGCUGCUCUUAAAUUUGUAUCAGUUGGCACCGAAGGUAG